AGAGCGAGAGUUCACUGGCUCACCCAAAAAAACAGCAUAUGCAGUUUGCCAAUCAAUUCGCAAACUGCGGGGGUCCCACGCACAGUAUCGCAACGGCCCUCCGAGAUAUCGCCCGAGAAGAACCUUGACCGAUUCCUGAAGUUCCAUUCCCGAUUGACGCCGGGGGAGGGAGUUUUGAAAGUACGAUAAGCCGCGAUGCGAUAAUCUUUGCAGAGUGCGGCGACACUAUCGACAGAGUGGCAGACCUAUCAAGCAGCUUGGGAUGGCUUUAACACCCUUUUACCCUCUCCAAUGGCUGUGCCACAAAAAUCCACACAGCGACCACUCUGCCUAAGGCCUUGAUAAGCGGCCGGAGCGAAGAAGUGGGGUAGUAGUAAAAGUAUUGCUGAUGUAGGGUUCUUACGACCGUGGAUGUGGUCGUUGGGGAAUAGUUGGUGCCAGACGUCCUACACUUAUCACGCUGCGCACGCAUGGCGCAUGGUGGCAAGGUCGGCAGCCGCAGAACAAGUAGGGCGGGCACAGUUUCGGGCCCGCUUGCCCGAUCCGGGACAUGAACUUGAAAACAGAGUCUACAGCGACAGCACAGUAGAGAUUAGAUCCGGGAUGAAGACAUCACUUCAGGUCCGGUUGAGGACGCGUACGGCUAGGGUCUGUGUCACGUGUUACCGAUACGGUAAAUAAGCACUCCAGAACGGUACACACAAGGGUGGCACGCGCUCAACGCGACACUGCCUCUGACAGCCAGCUCGAUUGUACUGUCGCGUAUCGAUCGGAACCGAGGUUGAGGUUUUCUGAUCUGAUCGACUUCAAGGUUGGACCUCCUCCGGCCGGCCCGGGGAGGAGUUGAUUGAUGCGUUCGAUUGUGCCGAGGGGCUUGUGUGAUGCAUUUCGGUGCCUUUCUGCCGGCGCACCGCAUCUUGGAUCGCGGCAGUCUCCAAACGAGAUCAUGUGAUUCGCGAACAAAUUGUCAGAAUUCUUAAGGUAGUUUAAGUUUGCUGUCAGCAUCCCGUGUAACCUUUCGCGAUAAUGAUCCGCAGCUCCAGGCCCCGAUGUAGAUCGGCGGCAGUGUGUCCCCAAUUAGCAGCGUAUUAAGAGCAGGCACGCUAAUUGGGGUAGCGCGAUGAUGGUGGCCGGUAAUUGUUGACUCAUCGAGCAAGUUUACAAAAAUCGCUUGGCAGUGGGCUGGCUCGGAGGCUGUGUUUUAUCUGUGGCCCGGGAAGUUUUCGCCGCUAUCGUCAAGACGUAUAUAGUGUCUCGAGACAUUCUCGUAAUCAAACCACCAUCGGCCACCAGCUGCCGGUAUGUAUCGGUUCCAUUUUUUUUUGUGGUUGUUGAAGCGGAACCUCACUGGAGGUCACAAAUCAAUUUACCAGUUAACAUUCGGUGCGUGCCAGCAUGUUUAGCAUCGGGGUUUGGUUUUUAUCGCGUAUCGAUUGUCCAUUUUGUCGCUAUCUGCCGAGCAGAAGAAAAGAAAAAUAAAUAAAGGGAAGUGAGUGAUUUGUGUUGAUGGUUACUGCGCUAUCAAGCAUUAGCGCAACGUAGUAUCACGUCGCCGGGGAAGUUGUUGAUCGUUUGCGGGAUGAUACGCUUGCUUGUUUGAUCAAUUAUCGUUCGCUGGUGGCCGUAGGUUCGCCGGCGCAACCCAGACACCACGGUGUACUGUUACCGACCGGCGCGUUUAUUGGGUGAUGAUCGGGUGCAGAUCUUCCCCUUUUUCCCCGUCUGGUACCUCGAUCAAGAUCAAUUCUGGCCUCAUUGCGCGGGCUAUUAACAAGCCAGCAGUAUCAGUUUGCGGUUUUGUGGGUUUCGCUCGGUGCGUGCGUCAUUGGAUUUAAUGCCAGCAGCAGUGCCGGAGUGAAGGAAGGAAGGAGCAGCAGGUGGAAGAGGAGGAGCAAGAAGAGGAAAAAACGAUCAUAAAUAAAUAAUAGAACAUUGGUGCUGUGGGGACCAGGGGACACCGCACUGCGCUUCUUGAAUAGUUGCGACGCUCCCAGGCGAGGCGCUCGCGACAGUCUCGAUCGGGAGUUGGCACUAGUCAGAGUGCUUACACCGCACCGGGUGCCAGUGACUUGGAGAUUUCGAGGGAAAAGGAAUCAACGGAAAUAGCAAGAAAAAAAACAUAAAGAAUUGGAGAGUCUAAAGUUCAGAGAAAAGUUGCCGGCAAACAGACGGGAUGGAAAAGCUGAGGGCCGCCAAAAAGGUCGCCCCGGACGGGGGCUGGGGUUGGAUGGCAACGUUCGGCGUGAGCAUGGUGAACUUGGCAACGCGCUCGAUCGAGCCGUCGUUCGGGCUGCUGUUCGGUGAUCUGCUGAAGGACAUGCAGGUCGGCACGACCGGUGCCGCCAUCAUCAUCAGCAUGCUCGACGUGAUGAUGAACUUUUCCGGCCUGUUCGUGGGGCCGCUGCUGAAGGAGUUCUCCUACCGGAAGGUGGCCGUCGCCGGCUCGCUGCUGUGCUGCAUCGGGCUUGCCCUGACGUCACCCGCCACCAGCAUGGCGCACAUCCUGGCCACGUACAGCGUGAUCAAUGGUGUGGGCGUUGGGCUGGCAACAUCGGCCGCGUUCGUAGCACUGAACCAUUACUUUGCGAAAAAGCGCGGCCAAGCGGUUGGCCUCUCGAUGGCGGGGACGGCGCUCGGCAUGCUGAUCAUGCCGCAGCUCGUCCGCAUCCUGCUCGAACUGUACGGGUUCCGCGGUGCGGUGCUGGUGCUGAGCGGGCUGGCCCUACACGCGACCGUCGGCGCGAUGCUGCUGCAGCCGAUCAAGUGGCACCUGAAGGAGGAGGAGGUAGACAUCGAGCUGGUCGAGGCGGCGCCACCGAUGGGCAUCAUACUCGAGCAGGAGGACGACGAUAACGAUUCGCUGCCGGAGAUCAAAUCGCUCCUGUUUCCGCGCCGCGUCGGCAGCGAACGGAAGCAGUCGGAUACGGCACCGGCGGUGACAGCGGGUGGUGGCGGUGGAGUGACUGCUGGGGCCGGUGGAGCGCCAGCGAACGGUACCGGUCCGGGCACACCGGGCGUACUGCCCAAGCGGCCCACCUUUCCCCGCAUCACGUCGUCGGUUAGCGUGCAGAACCAGGGUGGCGUUGGGAUGCGCACGCGUCCAUCCUUCCCGCGGAUUGCGUCCACCGCCAGCAUGAGCCUGGCGCUGCGGAAGCGGCGCGAGUCGGUCGUGUCGCAGCUGUCCACGCUUGACUUUACCGGCAGCGGCAGUUGCAUGCACGUGCACGUGGAUACCGGUGACGCCGACGCCGAGGACGUCGACUACCAGAUCAUACGGCGGGUCAACACGCACGUCGGCUCGUUCGCUCGCGUCCCGUCCCGCACCAAGCGGCUGGAAACGGUCAAGUCGGAGCUCGGGCUGGAGAUGGUAAAGCCGAAGGUGUCCUUCCUGCAGCGCUUCACCGCACUGAUGGACGUCGGGCUGCUGCGCGACGGCAUCUACCUGAACAUCCUGUUCGGCCUGUCCAUCUUCUACGUCGCGGAGAUGAACUUCAAGAUGGUGACGCCGUUCUUCAUGGCCAGCCUCGGGUUCGACAAGAGCGACACCGCGUUCGUGCUGUCCGUGUCGGCGCUGACCGACAUUGCGGCCCGUAUCAUCGUGCCGCCGAUAGGCGAUCGGUUGAAGCUGCGCAAACGCUACAUCUUCAUGGUGUCGCUCGUGUUCGUCGCGAUCAGCCGGUCGAUUGUUGCCCACCAGCGCACGUACACGGACGUGAUGAUCUGGCUGUCGGUGACCGGGUUCUUCCGCGGUGUCGCCCUCGCCAACUUUACGCUGUGCGUGUCGGAGUACUCGUCGCUCGAGAAGCUGCCGGCCGCGUUCGGCUGGCACAUGGUCGGCAAGGCGCUGUUUGUGAUCGCGUUCGGGCCACUGAUCGGUGCGAUCCGCGACUGGACGGACAGCUACGCGAUCUGCAUCCACUCGCAGUCGUUCUGCAUCUUUCUGUGCGUGACCGCCUGGUCGAUCGAGCUGCUGGUGAAGCGCUGCCGCACGAAGAAAAUCGUCGAAGCGAACCCGACCGUAUAGAGCGCGUGCGUGGAUGUAAGUGGAGAGUGUGUGUGUGAGUGUAUGUGUGUUUGAAUGAAUGCGUGCGUGUGUAAUAAUGUAAUUAGUAAUAAUUUUUGACGCAAGUGUGCCGGUCAUCGUUUGAUCGUAUCUUAAUUCCGAAGACUGCGAUACUAGGGUACGCUAUAUAGCUGGGUAGGAUGAAAAUUAGUAGCAAAAUACAACCGAGUAAGGGCCUAGGCACGCAAGGAUUUAAUAAUGAGCGAAGGCGCGGAAUCCAAAGUCUCUACCGAAAACCUCUUACUAGCGGACAACGGUACUAGUGAGUACUUACAGAGCGCGUUUUAACGACAGGGGAGGAGGAGAGAGCAAAAAAGAAAAGCGUCCAACAGCACAGUAUUAGGCGCAGACACGUGUUUGUUUUAGCGAGUAAGCAGCAAGCAGACCAACCACACAGCCUCGAAAAGGGUGAUUUUAUUGUAAAUUGCAUGCACGGGACGGACAUCAAACUAGGGCCGUUUUCCAAUCGAGCAAUGCGAUCGUACAUUGCCGGCGAGGUUUCAAAAAAAAAAAAAAAAAAAAAGAGAAAGCUUCAAAUACAAACUGGUCGAAUAGAAGGAAAAGCGAGCGGUGUUAAGAAUGCGGAACAGGGCAGUGGCCUUGAUAUGUCAUCUCUUUUUUUCGAAACCCCGGCCUACCUGGUGCAAUUGCCAAUCGUGUUUAAGAAAUAAAGCAAACCACCUCUAGCAGUAGUGGCAGAAGACUUGACCGAAAAA